GCAGGCUCCAGGCUCUGAGCUGUUAGCACAGAGCCCGAUGCAGGGCUCAAACUCACUAACUGCGAGAUCAUGACCUGAGCUGAAGUCGGACGCUUAACCCACUGAACCACCCAGGCGCCCCUCUGAGGUGAAGAGACUCUUGAGAAGGACUGUGAUCUCUACCUGUGAAGUCUGUGUUAACUCUAGGCUGUUGGGUAGUUAGUAUCAAAAUUGCAUUGCAGAAGCAGUUCAGGUGGAUGUAAGAAGAGUGUCCUUGCCUGGUAAGGUAAUUAGACACUGGAAUUGGCUACCCACUGAAUAGACGAGCAUCUGUCUUGUUUGAAGUGUUGUCUUGGCUAGAUCUAAGAGAUAUGGGCUAAUUAUUGUUUAUCAUGAAUUUUGACCCAGCUGUGUGGUUCUGAUAUCUUACAGCCAGCUUUUUUUGGAAGGGGGGGGGGCUAGCACAGUUAAAAAUUUUACCAUUUUUUUGCUGUUAAAUAAGGAUUUUAAUAAAGAUUCAGUAUCUAAGAUUGGUAACACAUUUAUGAAAUUAUGUUGAAUAAACAUUUGAAUAUCUCUAUAACAGAAAGAGGUCUCUCCAAUAAUUUUGAAAGGAUCAUAAAGGUUGAUAAAGCACUUAUUAAAAAACACCAUGUGGUAGAGUAGAAAUAUGGUUUGUGAUCUUAAACAUGACAAAGUUGUCUCAGAGCUGCUAUUUACAUAUAAAUUUCCCUGAUAUUUGCCAGUAGUUCUUAUAAUGGAAAAUGUUGUCCUUCAAACAUACAGACCUUCUAACAAAAAAUUUAAAGAAAUCUCAUGAUUUGAGUAUUUGGACAUUCAAAUAAGAAAACAAUCACACAGUUAUUUUGGACCCAAAAUAAAGAACCAAAGAGCAUCUGUAUUAAUUGUAUUAAUCUGUAUUAAUUGUUAGGUAAUAAGGAAAUUACCACAAAUAUUUUCCAAGUCCUAAAACCCUAAUGUUGGGCUACAAAUCAUCACAAAAAUUGCAACAUGAAAUAUUUGUUUUGUAUGCUUAAGUAAUGGAUAAAUACAAAGCACUAAAGAACUGCAGGAACCAUGGAAAACACAGAAUCUCUAGAGAUUGCCAUGAGUGCUAAACCAGGUCUACACAAAUAUAUGAAGUAAGUGAAAUUGGUCUUCUGUUCCAUUUCAGGAUCCUGUCUUCUCUGAAAGUAUCUUCCCCCCUCUUUGGUUUCCCAAUGCUAUUAUGCCAGGCAGACCAGAACCUCCUAAUCAGCCUUUAUUCUCAACUCCAGAACAAGUCUCCUCCCUUCCCCAUCAAGAAUAGCUCCCAGUUAUCACAUUAUGAAGUUCUGAUAAACUUACUCUGCCUCAGCAGUUACUGAUAAGUGUAAAACAUUGUUCCUCCCUCAGUCUCAUAUAGUGUGAGUUGAACUGUGGCAGGAAAAUUUUCCUUUUUCUCUACCUGAUGUAUUUCCUCAAUCCCACCAUUAACCUAGUUCUUAGGGUUUUGAAGUUUUUUGAUCUUUGAUAGAACUCUCUUAAAAUAUAGUUUAAAAUGCUACCAGCCAAAGUCAGCUAGUAGAAGAGGUGGAGAUAGAGUGAGGAGUAAAGGCUGGAGGUUGGGGUUUUUGGGGGCUUAUAAGAAAGUUUAACCAUAGGGUCUUAGAAGAGCUCUGGAAGAAGAUGCAGAAGGCUGCCUUGUAGGGUGGAAUUAACUUAUAAAACUUUAAUUUUACAGUUUAGACAUAGCUAUUAAAGGAGAUCUGGAGAAAAAUAUACACACAACUUUGUGACUGCUUCAUCCACCUUGAGGAAGGGGAUCUUGGUCAGAGACCUAGAAAUGGAAAAGUGGAUCAAGUCAGUGUGUGAUUCAGGAGGCAAUGAAACACGAGGGGAAAAGUACAGACUGGUUCUAGUCUCACAUUUGUAAUGGGGCAGCUAUAUGAACUUGGUUCAAUCAUUAACCUUCCUGAGUAAGUAUCUUCCAGGGUGACAUAUGAGAGUCAGACUGGAUGACUGAUUUCUGAGGCAUAAUCUGGCUCACAUUCUCAUCCAGACACCCACUUUCUGAUAAUCUUGAAUAUAUUGAAUGUGAUUCACAUCUUCUUUGUAAGAAGAAAGACUAAUACAACAAUAGGUUGUAAUCCCUCAUUUCUUAAAAAAAUCCCUUAUCUCUGCCUUCUGUUGUUAGUCACUAUCCUCUCCAAGGGCCACCAUUCUUAGUGCAUAUCAUCUUCUACUUGGAUGAUGACUUUUUUCUUAAACCUUUCAAAUUCCACUUGUUAUGUUUGGUUUUAAAUUCAGGAGUAUAGCUUCCGUGGGACUUUGGUGUAGGUAGGGAGAUUGUAGGCAGCAGGGGAUCCUGGCAAUAAGGUCGGAAGCAAGACUUAAAUAGUAGAGAUGAGUUUGGAGUUGAUCUUGAGACUAGAUCAUGUGAUAAUCUUGCCUUAGAAGUAAGCAGCAAGUACCGGCGCUCCUGGGUGGCUCAGUCAGUUCAGCAUCAGGCUUCAGCCUAGGUUAUGAUCUCGUGAUUCAAGCCCCUGUGGGGCUCUGUGCUGAUAGUUCAGAGCCUGGAGCCUGCUUUGGAUUCUGUGUCUCCCUCUCUCUCUGUCUGCCCCUCCUCUGCUCACACUUUGUCUCUCUCUCUCUCAAAAAAUAAACAUUAAAAAAAAAGUAAAGGGCAAGUACCAAUUUAGGAGCAAGCAUUGAGUCAGAAGAGCAGAAGCAAAAACAAUAUCCAUAGAUCAAGGUACCUCUAUACCACAGAAAACAUAAUCCCAGGUGCAACAGGACCCAGAGUUUUGGCUUUUCAUGGCAUGGCCAAGAUGAUGUUUAAAGGCUGCUGCUGUGUAAAAACUCAUCACUCUGGGUAGAUUUUGUUCCACCGGACUUGAAGUAGAAUUAUCGACCAGAUAUAAUGGAUAUGUGUUUGUGUGGGAAGGAGCAGUGAGUGGUCAGUGACUGAUAUAAGAGGUCAACCACUGCUGAAUACUUAGAUGUUAAAAUAUCUUCAAAAUAAUCUUGGAUAGGUGAUUAUUUUAUCAUAACUAUCUUACAUUAUUUAAUCUGUUAAGAUUAUGUCAACUGAGACUUUCAAAUUUUGCCUAAUUUGAUUAGGGAAUUUACAUUAUCCCUUGUUAUCUCAUUAACUCUCACAAUAAUCCCAUGAGAUAGGUAUGGGGAAUGAGACAAACGAGUUUCAAAAAGGUUAAGUAACUUGUAUAAGACCAAUUACAGAGAACAUAAUGGGCCUAGAAUUCAAAUAUAAACCUGUCAGAUAACAUAAAACCCAAGCAAGCCUUACUACUGUAUGUACCAUUGUCAACAUGGAACAAUAAAGUGUUCUCUGUUAGAAUAUUCUAACUAUAGUGGCAUGAAUGCCAGAACCAAGGUUCCUCUACCUUCACUUUUUUGCCCAAACUCUCAACAUUAUAUUGGUGAAACUGUUACUUUUGGCAAAGAGUGAUAAUGACAAAAUAAAAAUAAUCUGUAUAUAAAAAUAUCCUUAGAGUUGCCUUUAUAGAGACUGUAGAUUAGCAAGAAAAGUCUCUGAAUACUGUGCAUAUAUUAUUCCCACAUUCAAGUGGAUGAGCUAGUGGGAAAAAUAAAUUUUCCAGUGAUAGCCAAGCAUAGAGUUAAUUACUGGUUAAAAAAAAAAAAAAAAAGGUCCCAGUGUCCUGCCUCCCCUCCCUGGGCUGCAUGUAUGUGUGUGUGUGUGUGUGUGUGUGCGCGCAUGAGCAUGUGCAUGUAAUGACAUUAUACUCCAGGUAGGCUAGGAGUGAGUGAGUCCAUCCCUUCCCAAAUAAGGCCUGGAGAGAAAUCCAAGCUCCAUAGAGAAGUGCCUCCCAAAGUGUGGUGUGGCAGUGGCAAAUGCCCAUGGGGAAGGUCUGGGCAGAGAGUGCCUGAGGCUGCCCCCAGAGUCACCUGUGGACCAGAGGAGUGUAGAAGAGCAUUAGAAAGUUUCCCAUGCUCUCAAGAGAGGGUUAGGAUUGGCUGAGAAAAGGCUGGUGGAUCAGAAGUGGUCUCUAGACAUGAAUGAGGAAAAGUCAUGAUGAAUGGAAGCAGUCAGCAGAUGUUGCAUAGACCAUUUGAAUGAGAAACCACAGCUGGAAUAGAUGUUCACCACUGAAGACACAGCAAGAUAAGUUAUAUCUCUGUGGAUACCUGAGGAAGAUGGAUAAGAACCAAAUACCUCACGUUCUAAAGAACAAGUACUUCCAGAAGUUCUCUAGCACUUAUGCCCUUGGGUAAAAGUGGAAUGGGGUCCCUGGAUUUUACUGGAAAAAAAUUCCUGAAUUGAUUGGCUAAAAACAUGGAAUGAGUGCAUGAUCAUUCAUUUGAUUGAGUUUACCUAGAAAUCAUUCUAUUUAACUUUCUGCUAUUAGGCAGUAUGGAGGCUCAGGCAGAAAUUUACUUCAAUUAUAGGAAAAUAAAAUACAAUUUUGCAUAUUUGAGUUUAUGACUAAAACUCCAUUCCUUUCUAUGUCAUAAUGCAAAACAAAUCAGAGUAUUUCCCACCUACCUCUAUGUUUUUCCACAGUUUCUCAUUGAUUUCUCUGUUAUUUCCUCCCACACAGUCUAAGUCGCUAGGCUAUCCCUGUCAGCUUUCUCGGAUUUAGAGGCCAGGAGCUCCAGGGAACUUGGAAGAUGUCAGGUUGUUAGUUAUUAUUGUAAUAACUAUUCAGUUAAAUAAGAGCUCCAUGAAUUUGUGUGUUGAAAAAUUUCAGAUAGUUUCUAUUUCUUUUAGCUUUGUUCCUUUUGCAAUAAAAGCUUUGUAUUUAAUUAUUAAUUUGGCUGUUAUUUCUGGCAAUUCUUGGUUAUAAAUAAAUGUCUUCAAAACAUUAUCCACAAACCACUAAGGGUUUUUCCCUUGGUGGUAGAGCUGUUAUAUAUGAAAUUGUUGACUCUGUAAGUAGUGUUUAACCAUGAAUAAAUACUAUUAAUGUAAAUUAAAUUUAAGUGAUAAUUUCUUCAUGAUUUUGGAAGAACUGGAGGCAAAAAAUAUAGUUUAGACAAAAUUUGCUAUGUAGUAAUUGUGAUUGGAUGACCAAAGAGAUUGUGUAAUUUCCUAGUUAUAAUGGAAACAGAAGUCACUCUUACAGAUUGUGAUGGUUAGUUUUAUGUGUCAACUUGACUAGGCUAUGGUAACCAGUUAUUCAAUCAACACUAAGACUUUACUAUAAAGAUAUUUUGUAAAUAUGGUUAACAACUACAGUUAGUUCACUUUAAGUAAAGGAGCUUAUUUUUGGUAAUGUGGGUGGGCCUUAUUCAAUCAGUUAAAGACUUUAAGAACAAAACUAAAGUUUCCCUGAGGAAGAAGAAAUUCUGCCUUAAGACUGAAGCAUCAGCUCUUGCCAGAGAGUUUUUAGCCUAGCAGACUGCCCUACAGAUUUCAGAUUUGCCAGUCCCCACAAUCCUGCAAAAUCCUGUAAGCCCAUUCCUUGAAAUCUCUGUCUCUCGAUCUCUAGAUCUCUAUUAUAUGAACAUAAAAUUAUAUCUGUUUUCCUUGACUGAUACAGAUAUAGUACCCAGAGUAGUUCUAGAGGAACAGAAUCUUAAGGAUGAGUUUUCUGAAUUGGUUUUGGGUCUUCUGGAAUUCGUUCUGUAAUAUGAUUGGAUUUAAAGGCAUGAAUAACUCCAUUUCCAGUGGCAAAGAGGCCACUGAUAGAUAUUCCACGGUAUGAUGCAGCAAUAAAGAUAUGCAAACUAUUACCACCGGAUACACUUAAUUAAAUAGUUAUGAGGCAAGGUUCUAGGUGACCAUAAACUUGAAAUCUUAGAACAUUGUUGUCAAACUAACAAAUAUAAUGAGAUUGGCUAAUUUCACUGGAGAAAGUGAGGAAAAAGAUGAGUUCAGGGUUUCAUGUUCCCAAAUAAAUGCCCUGAAAAUUUCUGUGUCCUCCCUGAAAGGAAUCCUUACCUUCUAUAGUUUCAGAGCUGAGAUUUCCAAAAACCAAGCUUAGAGUAUCAUGCAGGUGGCCUAAUUAUUCAGGCUGUAGAGAAAUUUUUCCUUAUUAAUUUCUAGGUUCUUUGGCUCAUCUAAUAAUUCAGUUGACAUAAGAUAGAUUAACAGAAAAACAAAUUUAAUUUCAUGCAAAUAAGAGCUCAUAGAAAUAUUAGACUCAGAGAAGUGACCAAAGCAAACAGUUUUUACAGCUUUUAGACAAAGAACCAAUAAAAUUUUGAAGAAUUGACAAGAUAAAGAAGUUGGGCUUGGGGUAGUAAAUUAGUGAAGAAGUAACAAGGUAUGUUUUCACAGCCUUCUCAACCCUAAAUUCCCUAUCUCUGGUGACAAGGAGGUCUCUCUUUCUCCUGGUAUGGGGAGGUACCUUCCACAUGGGAGAUUUUCUCACUGUUUUCAGGGGGACAAAGGAUGGUCAGUGUGUCCUUUUGGCACCAGCUGUUUUUUUUUUUUUCCUUAAAGUAAGUUUAAUUCAAAAUAAUCAAUAUGCCAAAGUGGCUUAACUUGGAGUAGUCUGCCCUGAACCCCAUAAGGACCUUGAACAGGACUGAGAAGCUGCAAUCAGUUUUCAGCAGCUGCAGCAUAACAUCUGUGGGUCUCAGGGACCUGAGGCCAGUUACAGGUAACUUUAGAGGUGAAAGAACUCUGGUGUUCAAGGUGUGGCUUUGGUCUACCUGUGUUCAUUGUAUUUAUGUAACUGAAAAAAGUUAGCUUUUAGGAGACUUUUUUUUUUCCCCCCUCUUGGUCUUUCAGAUUCAACUGCUGCCAACAAAUAAUUAGCCUUGGUUUUAUGGAUAAUUCAUAUUCAUAGCCAUGUUGUGUAUAUUUAAUAAUUAUAUACAUGUAUCGGGGGAUUUCAUGACUUUAAAAAUGCAAUAAUUUUAUUGGUUUUUAUUAAUUUAUUCAUCUAUAAAUUAUUAUUUAUUACAUUAUUGCUUUACCUAAUUUUGAACAGGAUAUGACUUUACCUGACAGGUAGAAAUAAACCAGGUUAUUGUGAUGUAACUUGUGAAGUACGCAAGUCUUAAGUUCACAGUUUGAUAAUUUUUACCUAAGUAUAGAUCAAGGUAACCAUCACCCAGAUUAAGGUACAGGACAUUUCCAGAAGACUCCUUCCUGCUCCCACCUGGUCAAUAUCUUCUUCUAAAGGUAACUACUACAUCUCUGUCAUGAUAGGUCACCAGCAGGCACAAUUUUAGUGACUUUAAGGUACAUAGAUUUCUCUGUAUCUAGCCACUUGCAUGUUUUUAUGUCAGAGUGAUGUGGCUUUGAUAAAAGCCAUUGAAAGCAAAGGAGUAACCGUCAUAAAAUUUUUCUUUAAUAUAUGUGCUGACGCCCUACAAGACCUUGGGGAAAAUCUAAAAGAAAUCAAGUUAUCUUCCUUACAACAUUUGCAAAAGCGGUCACAAAAACUUGUUUAGGAUAUUGGGUUUCCUGGAUCCUCUCCAUACUUUUCUUCCUGCAAUUAAGCCUUAUAUGAUCUGAGGAUUUAGACCGAAGUAGAGAGAAGACUUUCUUCCUUUUGGCUUUUAAGAGGACAUGUUCUGGAAAUCUUGGGAGAAUCUGGCAGAUGCUACACAGUGAAGUCUGGGGUAUGUAUUUUUGGUACCCAAGAAACAAACAUUCAGUGAAUAAGGGACUUAGAAGAACCAUAGAUGCCAGAUAGUUGAAAUCAUCCAAACCUGCAGCAAAGGUUAGAUCCUAGUUUUUGUUUCUAGAGGGUCUGCUUUGUCUUAAAACAACUGACAAAAUUUUUUGGCCCUGUGAACAUGCAAUUCUGUUCCUGAAUUAGAGAGAGAUGCUUUUGUUCAUACAGCUUGGAAAGGCUUCCUGGUUCCUUUCAGAGUGUGUGAAGCACUAAAUUCUGAAGGUCAGAGAAGUUGUGACACAUUGUGGGUAAGCUCAUCAGCGUCUUACUUCAUAGUGAGUUCAGAAGGGUAUGAUGCAGGCAGUCCAGUAAGUGGUAUUCAUGAUGCCCUGCUACAGAACAUUUGGGUUUCCCUACAGGUAUAAUCGUUAUGAAGUGAGUCAUUAGUCAUCACAUUUUCUGGAAGAGUCAGAAGAGAAAAAGUUUGGAGUGAAAUUGAAUACAGUUUGUAAUUUACUUUUGUCACUAAUAUGGGGGAAGGAUGUUUGCAUCAAGCUUGUUCACUGAAAAAGCCUACUGUAGUCUGGUUCUUAUGCUAAGUAGUGGCUAGAAAUGAAUACAAUGAGAAUAUAGGACUUUUUCAAUCUGAUUUACUAUUAUUUAUAGUAGGAAUUUAUGAAGAUGCUUUAUGUAAACAUGUCCUUUUAUGUGGUUAAAAAAAGUCAGUGAGGGUAGGGGAUGGGGAUGGUGGAGGUACAGGGCAAUGGGGACAUCUACAUAACCAUGGAAGAAAAAGUGAACACACGGGAUGUGUAGGAUGGGUAGCUAGGCCAGAAGGAAAGUAAUAGAAAUAUCCUUACCCUAGGGAACUGAGUCUUGCCUGUGCCAGGUAUUUGCUAAUGUUGUGAAGCCAUCUGCAAAUUCAAAUUCUCAGGAAAUAUACAAGACAUAUUCUUCCUGUUUAAAUAUAAAAGCUCAACUUUUCAAGGGCUAAAACAAUCUUUGUUUAUUUUUAAUAUAUGAAAUUUAUUGUCAAAUUGGUUUCCAUACAACACCCAGUGCUCAUCCCAAAAGAUGCCCUCUUCAAUACCCAUCACCUACCCUCCCCUCCCUCCCACCCCCCAUCAACCCUCAGUUUGUAAAACAAUCUUUAAAUCGAGUGUUGACUGAGGUUUCAAGGCUGGAAGCUUCAGCAAAGACUGAUGUGUCCUGAACAGGAAAAACAAUUCAGGCAAGUAUUAGUUUGACUUGUAGCUAGCAUUCACCAUUUCAGACCAAAAGUUAUGUUUUCAUGUCUUAAGGACAAAUAGGAUAAAAAGCAGUUAAUACAUCAGGGGUUGACAUUCAAGGUCUUUGAUCAUUUUCAACAAAUAUUUCCAAACAGCCUUUGCUGGGUAGGUUGAGGCAUAGCCCCAGAGUGAUGCCUUCUGUCCCUCUGGCUCUCAGAGGACAUAGGUGAAACCUACCACUGGGAAGAUUUCCGUGGUUCCACUAGCUUUUUGAACUAGACAUGAUUCCAGUCUAGUCCAGUCUAUGCCAGUCUAAGCUUCCAUAACCUGGGAAGAAACGUUGUUGCCUGGGAAUUCUUCUACUUUGUCCGGACGAAAGUUGUGUGGACAGGGUGGAGCUGUCCGAAAGAGUAAAAUUCCUUUGUGUUACUGGUUAAUUGGAAGUUCUAACUUUUGGGUCCCUUCUUCAUCCCCUCCCUCUUCUCCCCUGUCGUUUGCAAUUAUAUAUAGGAGAUCUGAAGGGUUCUCUCUCGCUCUUAACCUCAGUUGCCUUAGGAGAAUGUAAAAAUCUCUUUGGGAGAGAAAUGGUGAGAGCAGGAUAAAAUUGGAAGGCUCCCCUCCCUUGGCCUGCCUUGCCCCAGUUCCCUCACUCUCCCUGCUCUUCCCCUUCUCUUCCCAGCAAUGCUGGGUUAGUUGUGAGUCCAUCCAAUCUGCGGUGCAGGCCCCACACCUCCUUUUAAGCCAGACUGAUGCCUGCAUUUGCUAAGAACUAGUAUGUACUAGCCGCAGUUUAAUACGGCCUCCUCAGCCAGGGCACCUCAGUGCUUGUCCGGUAGCUAUGGGCCUGUCUAGCCCAGCAGUGCUACCUGAUGCACUCCUCCUCCUUGCCGCUCCCCAGAUACAAAGGCUCCGUGGAAGCAGCGUUAACACUCUGAGUUAGGAUGCUCCUCGAUGGUAAUAGCAAAUUACUACUCUCAGGGGGCACUUGGGGGCAGUUUUGGUCUUUGAGACAUCAGUCGCUCCGUAUUUGUCUCUACCCAAUAGAAAGCAGAAAGAGCCUGUGCGCAGGAGGAUUUGGCAAGGUUGGGGUGCAACUGCAGGGCCGAGAAGUUUGAGAGCCCAGUCCUCAGCUUCUAGUUACUCCCCUUCCUCAGUGUUCCCGGAAUCCCUUGGUUCAAGGGCCCAGGGCCAAAACUUUCGAGAAUAGGAAAGCUUCUUUGCUCAAAGGAUGCCAAACUGGCUUAAUCAGAGAUGGACAGUGGCAGCAGAAAGAUCCGUGGAACCAUCCUGUCCCGGGCUUGAUUUCCCCCAGGCAUCUGUGGGUUGGGCUGGGCAGUUCUUUAGAUUGUGAUGAGCAACAGUUGGAUUUUGGAAGCUUGAUUUUCCUGAGGUCAGUGACCAAGAAUCUUAAAAUGAAUUCUCUGCUUAAUUUUUCACUUUCUUGAAUGGGUUCAGGUCUCAAGGCUGUUAAUUUUGGAGUGCUGAGCCUGAGUUCCGUGCUGAGUUAGGUCCUGAGUGCCUAAGCUGAGCAGAGUGAAAGUGGCCAAGCCCUUGUAAGCCAGGGCACAGUUCGGAUUCUUGCGGACCACAGAGUCAGUACUUCCAUCACCCUCCCCACAAAGUUAAUGGUGUUUGUGGUUUUCCCUUUGAUAGGCCAUGAAGUCAACAAUCUCCCCACAUGGUGGCUCCCUUUACUAAAGUUGAGUAGUGAAUUUGUACAAGGAGUCUUGGAAAUUUUCAAAUAUUUCUACAGAUUGAACUCAUUUCAGAAUUCGUGUGGGAGGGAAGAGUAAGGAUUUUAAUCGGAUUCACCUUUGACGCGAAGCAAGACGGAAGACAGGGAAGUCACAGUCGGUAAUAGCUUUGGGCGCUUUGGUAAAAAAGACGUCUCUGCUUCAUUAUCUGGUUGUGUUCCCCGCGGACUCUUUGUGUGCGAAUUUACUCCAGAGGCAGAGCUGAACAUGGAACACAUGCAUGUAAACACUCCAGCAUAAAUAGGCGAACAUAUGCAGUGGAGACAAAGAGAUACAUCCCCACGUUCAUAGCUUUUUUGCAGGCAGGCAAUCUGGAACAUCCCCAGAAAUAAACUAAGAAGAAGCAGUAGCUUCUGGCUAUUCAUGGCCAAGAAUAAGUAAAACUUAGUCUUCUUGAAGGAAAUAUUAAAUCUUAAAUAAGUAGGAAAGGCAUUCAAAAUGAGAAGUAUUAUAAUUUUGUCUUUGAAAAAGCAUGCAGAGCUAAUAUAGCUUAUUUUAAUGUUAGCUCCAAAUUAUAAUAGGAAAUAUUCCCACUAAAUUGCCAUUUCCUCUAAAUUUUGUUUAAGAUCCAAAUAAUUAAAAUGCACACUAAUGGCUAUUGAUGAGUCUAUUUCCUUUGAGCCAUAAAAAGAAAUAGACCUGAUUUUCUCUUACUGGAGUAGAAAUUUAGGAAUCUUCUUAAAUUGCUCAAGGGCUUGAAAGCCUCCAUGUGGCUCUAGUCUUCCCUUAUUGCUUUCCUCUUUCCACGUCAUUUUCAGCUAAAAAAAAAUUUAACGGUUCCCAGUGGAGGGAUUCCCGUUAGAAACCCUCAGCUAGUGAACUUGUACUGGGAAUCCUCGUACUUUCCCAGUCUGUCUGUAUUUCUCCAAACAGAACUUAAGUUGUAAAUAAGAGGAGAAAAUAUUUCUCACUCCCAAAUUCUUAAAAUUUCAAUUUUUGUGGAAAAUACAAUUUCUCAAUUCUAAUCUUUAAAAUAAGUAAGAGUCACAGAAAGUGUGAAGGUGUCCAAAUAGGCCGUCUAGAGAUCUAAAAGCCAGGACUAACAGGAAACAGAAUGCUCUUUACUCAAAUGUAGUCAGGGUCUGACUAUUCUCAGCAUUAAGAGCAAUCAUGGACACUGAUGGAGGGGGGCAUAUCUGAACAGCGGGGAGACUUGGAAAAUGAAUUGCCACAUUAAUAAUAUCAGUGCCAAAUCUUCAGAUUUAGAGGCUCUGGUGAAAAAUUAAACCAAUGGCAAUUUUCAACGUUUCAAUGACCAGAGUUCAGCACUCAGAGCUUGGACAGCUCCGCAGGCCGCGCUCCGGACACCGCUUUGACUCUAAUCAAUUUACUCCAAGCCAGACUGUUAACGACAGCCAGACUCAUUAGCGAUUUACUGAAAAUCCUCCAAGACUUCCCUUUAAAAACAAAACGACUUCCACAUUUAAUUGUCUAUCUAAAAGAACAUACGCAAGAAAUUAGGAGAUCUAAAUUAAAUUUAUUAAUAGGAGAGCUUGAGGGUGCUUAAUUCUAGAGGCCAGAGCUCUGAUUGCUGAGGUUUGAUGAAAAGUAAAGAGAAAUCAUAGAGACAUAAUUAAAAACAUGACUUUUACCAUCCUCGAAAUUGUAUGAAUUCUUUACCCAUCCUUGAGAAAUGGGCAAAAUUGAAAACCAUCAAAAUAAUUGCACUUCUUAAAAAUUGGAUUGUAUCAGUGAAAGGUGUUUAUGAGAAGUCGAUGACUCCGGAUCUUAUCAUCCAAGAGGACAGCACAAAAUAGUUAAUAUGUUCCUUGAGGGACUAGGAUGCUGACGUCUUUUUCUGAUACCCGAUCAUUACGUGACUGGAAAAAAAAAAAAAAAGGAAGUCAUUCCAUGAAUAAAAAUCGGAGCGCAACAGUGCAACAAAAUAUUCUGUACUUAAAGGCCAUAGGCAGACAGAUGUUGACAAGGAAGCCUCUUCUAAAACCACAUUCAGAUAGAUUUCUGCUAACUGCACAUAUAAAUAGGAGCAGAGGGCUGGUCACCUCAGUAACCACCGGCAGCAGCAGCAGAAGCCGCAGCUUCAGACGCAGCCAGAGGGACCUCAGAGUAGAGAAGGCGCUGCCGACUUGCACAACUGCCUGACCAGGCGGUUCCGACGGACGCCGGCUGAGACGCGGCCCUCCCUCUUCCUUCCUCCCCUUCGAUUUUCCCUCUUUUCCUUAAUCACUUACUUCUUUCUCCUGGUGGACUUAGGCCACUUUGUCCCCCACCCCCCAUUUUAGCUCCUCGCCUCCUCUUUCUCCCUUCUACAUCUCUCUCCUCGCCCCCUUCUCUCCCUGUCACGCUUCCUCCUAGUUCCGUGCGUCUGCAAACUUUUGAACAGAAUACUGGCCUCAGCAAACAAGUCCUCCAGCUCCUCCUGCUGCUGCUGCUCAUUCCUGCGGCUCCUCAGACACUAACGCCAGACGGUGAUGCCUCUUGGGUUGUGACUCCAGCGCAGAAACUUGGAGGAGCCCUUUGCCCGCCGUCCUACUUGGCAACAAAGCCUCUCCUAGCAGCGAAUGACCAUGUGUAGCGGAGCGAGGCUGGCCCUCUUGGUCUACGGGAUAAUAAUGCACAGCAGCGUCUACUGCUCACCUGCCACCGCAGGACUCCGGUUCCCUGGAAUCAGGCCGGAGGACGAAGCGUACGACGAGGACGGAAACCCGCAGCAGGACUUCUACGACUCAGACCCGCCGGGCGUGGGGAGCCCCGCCUCCGCGCUGCGCGACGCCUACGCGCUCUACUACCCCUCGGAGAAGAGAGAUGUCGCCCAAGGGAUCCUUAACAAGGCCUACCGCAAAGUACUGGACCAGCUGUCCGCCAGGAAAUACCUGCAGACGCUCUUGGCCAAGGGCUUGGGUGGGAACCUAGGCGGCGGCCCGGAGGACGACUCAGAGCCUCUCUCCAAGCGCCACUCAGACGGAAUCUUCACCGACAGCUACAGCCGCUACCGGAAACAAAUGGCUGUCAAGAAAUACUUGGCGGCAGUCCUAGGGAAAAGGUAUAAACAAAGGGUUAAAAACAAAGGACGCCGAAUAGCUUAUUUGUAGCGAUGAGUUACCAGCUACCCUGUGUAUACAAUCCUGACACUAUGAAAAGUCACUUUCCCAACUGACUGAACAGUCAUCUCUCAUAUGUUCUAUCCAAACAUGUAUUUAUGUAUGAAGUAAAGCCAUUAAAUGAAUAUUUUGAUAAUAAUAUUGUUUUUCUUUUUACAAAGCACUAGAGAAUGCACAGAUAUACUUUGUGGACCAAUUAUUGAUAUAUAUAUAUUACAAAUAUAUAUAUUAAGAAUAUAUAUAGGUAUAAUAGCAGUUCAUACAAAGUGUGCACAAGGAUUGAAAAUUCGCCUGAGCUGUUUAUGUUUUUAUAUAAAAUAAAUAGAAAAAUAGACAAUCAUUGUUUUGAAUAUUACUCCUAUUUUUAUAAAAUGGAAUUAAAAGGAUAGUAUUUUUAUCCAUGACAGGCCUGAAGAUAUUAAUACUGACCAUUUGCUACUGUACAUAAUGAUGCCCUGCUCCAGGGAGAUUUGGAGGUAAUGAUUUGGGAGAAUUGCUGAAGGGUGUUCUUUCCUAGUGAGUCUCUGGGCCAGGCUGCUUCAGUCCCAGAGGAACUCAACUAGGCACUGCCCCCUUGGUCCCCCUCACUGGGUGGCAAUUCCAAUACUUCUGCUUUCUUUGGUUCCACUUUUAUGUGUAUUUGUCUCUCUUUAGACUCUCAGCCCAGAAGGAAAUUCUCCUGAUAAAAAACAACAGCUCGAUACAAAUUGUGCUUCUCCCCAGAAUUCACACCACCCCCUGGGGAAAGUGUUGGGGGGUUGUACAGAGAAGGGAGACUUGGGUCUUGAAGCUCCCGUGAAGCUCCCUUUUCUGUAUUUCCAGGAAACCCAAUAUCCCAAGGUUAGGGCAAUUGGAACAAAGAGAAGGAAAUGUAGGUAUGUUGGAAGAGGCAGAGCAUAAGGCAGUCGGAGGAGGAGGACCCUGGAGAGGGACUGGUUUGGAGCUGCCCUGCGUCUGGGACGCGGAGGGUAAGCCCAGCCCCACUGUAGGUCCUCUGCCUGACUGACUUUGGGCGCUGGAUAUUGGAAAUGGAUGCAAAGUACAAUGUGUUUUUCUCCAGUGCUGUCAAUGCUUCUCAUCUUGUGAAAUGACCAGGAUACUCCCCUUUGAAUACGGCUCUGUAGGAGCCAUCCUUUUCUUUGGCGGUUUUCUGAAGACUCUUCUUUCCCACCCUUCUGCACUGUUGAAGUACUGUUUACCAUUUUUCAUUCAUUUCUCUUAAACUUGUGAAUGCUUCUUUUUUUGUUGUUUGAUGUGAGUACUUAAUUGUAAAGUUUAGGAACCCCUGUGUAGUUACCAGUAAGUAAUUAUGCACUAAAUAUGAACGAACCUUUUGUUUCUUGUUUAUUGAGUUUGUAGGUAAAAUGUAUUUUUCUACAUUAUGGCUUAUUGCUUAGUAAAAUUUAUUUCAUAAAACCAACCUUUGUCAUAUUAGAAUGUGUAGUGUUCACAUGUUGCUCAGUUUUACUAACUGAUAAAUCAUUUAAACCUCAUCUUCAUAUGUAUGAGUACUAUCUUAUAUUUGUGGUCAAGAGUGAAGUAAGCAAGCUCCAACAGACCCUGAGAACCUCCCCCUUUGUAUCCUUUCCUGGCUACUGAAAGCAUGUCUGUCUGUUUCCUAUCAUUUCCUUGAACAUGUGAGUAAUCUCUAUAAACAAAAGAACCUUCACCCAGCAGCCAGAUCAAGCUACAGCAGGCAAACAAGCCAAACUCCCAAAAUUCAGGCACAAAUUCUUUUGGAAAAUAAAAAAAGAGAACAAGAAAAGAUUAAACAUUAGCUUGUAAAGUUUAAAGGACCUUUCCUUUUCCUUUAUGGAUUUGAUUCAAUAUGAAGUCAUAAAUCAAAGAAAACAGAAUUGGAUUUGCAUUCCCAGGCGGGAUGGAUGCUGCCAGGAGAUCACAUUGCAAGCAGUGAAAGCACAGAGGCAUUCGAUCUAUGCCUGAGUCCUAUGUACGGGAUCAAUCUUUCUUUAAUUCUGCAGUCUCCUCAGGCAAUGUGACACGGGAUGCAGUUUGCAGCUUUAGUGCCUUUCUUCGCCUUUUAAAUCGCCACGAAUCACAGAUGGCUAUUUAGUGGCCCUACAAUGCUGCAACACAUCGGCUUGCAUUUUAGUCUUAAUUAUUUGUUUCUUGGAUAAUGGGCAGAGUUUUCUGUAUUUGUGUCAGCUGUUCGUGGUGAAAUAGGGCUCUAGUUAACCUUUUAUUUAUGAAGUCUAAUUUAGUGUUCCCGUGGCUAGUUGCAAGCAUUUACAGUGAUCACCCAGUUUAAUCUUUUGUAUACUUUUUAGAAAUGCCAAGAGCCUUACUAACCUGGAGCAGAUUUAUGAUAUAGUGAUAAUUUAGGUAGAUGUUAGUCUUGAAGCUCUUAUUUUGUGUGCAACUGAUUAUAAAAACAUCUUAACCAAGUAUUAUUACACACAUGAUAUCUAUAACUAGGACUUUGAUAACUGUUAUAUAAAGUGUGUAAAAUU